AUGCAUCGUAUUCCUUGUGGUAAAAACGAAGCAAAAAAAGCAGAAAAACGCUCAGUCGUAUUUCUUCAACACGGUCUCGAAGCAACAAGCUCGAAUUUCGUUUCGAAUCUUCCCAACAAAUCUCUUGGUUUUAUGCUAGCGGAUAGUGGAUUCGAUGUAUGGAUGGGCAAUGUGAGAGGCAAUCGUUACUCUAGAAAUCAUGAAAGCUUCACUGAAACUGACGAAGGCUAUUGGCAAUUCAGCUGGUACGAUAUGAUGAAAUAUGAUUUAACUGCAAUGAUAGAUAAAGUCCUAGAAGAAACACAACAAUCACAACUUUAUUAUGUUGGCCAUUCUCAAGGAACUUUGAUCAUGUUCGCCAAAUUGGCUAGCGAUAAAGCAUUCGCUCAAAAGAUAAAAAAAUUUUUUGCAUUGGCCCCAAUUGUCACCGUCGAACAUAUUAAAGGACUUUUGAGAUACUUAGCGGAUUAUUUCUCUUGGACUGUUCGGAUCAUAGGGGCACGAGAAUUCUUACCGACCGGUUGGCAGAUGGAAUUAUUUAAAUUCGUAUUUUGUAACCCAUUUGGGUCACAAGCACCAUGUUCAAAUUUGCUUCUGAUAAUCUCAGGCACCGUUAGUAACCAAUUGAAUGAGACACGUUUGCCGAUAUUCCUGUCUGAUUUGCCCGGUGGAACAUCAACUACAAACAUAAAACACUGGAUACAGUUGGUGAACAGCGGUCAGUUUCAAGCAUAUGAUUGGCUUGACGAAGACGAGAAUAUAAAACGCUAUGGGAAUGCCACUCCACCAAAGUAUGACUUGAAGGAAAUUGAUGUCGACAUGUAUCUUUACUGGAGUCCAGCGGAUUGGUUAGCUAAUGAAAAAGACAUCAAAAAUUUUCUAUUACCGAAUCUAAAAAAAGAAGUAAGCCUUAAAUACGACAUAAGAACUAAUAGUCCGCAAACACGAGUUAUCGUUAACGAAAAAUUGAACGAUUUCAAUCACAUGGAUUUCAUAUGGGGAGAACGAGCUGCAAAGGAAAUAUAUAAACCAAUUAUUGAAAUCAUAAAAACAAACGAAAUGUCCAAAAAAACUAAAAAAAUUUAUUAUGUAUAA